UUCCUCCACUAUAAUUUAAUGUCAUCAUCUGGUUCGACAAGCUCAGAUAAUGCUACAAGUCUUGAAGCUAUUCAACCCCAACAUCCAUUAAACCGUUUGCGACAACUUGAACAACUUUAUCUUUGUGGUGCACCUUAUUCUGAGGCGUUUUCAUUUGAAACUUUGUUAGAUACUGUUGUAUGUCUCUACGAUGAAUGUUGCAAUAGUACUUUGCGCAAAGACAAAGUUGUCUCCGAAUUUGUUGAAUUUGCCAGGCCUGUUGUUUCUCGCAUAAAAGCUCUUCGAUUGUGCAGGGAUGAUUUCGAAGUUCUUAAAGUCAUUGGUCGUGGAUCGUUUGGUGAAGUUGCUGUUGUUAAAUUGUUAAAUACUGAUAAGAUUUAUGCUAUGAAAAUUCUGAACAAAUGGGAAAUGCUUAAAAGGGCGGAAACUGCAUGUUUCAAAGAAGAACGAGAUGUGAUGGUGUUUGGCAAUCGACAUUGGAUUACAAAUUUGCAUUUUGCCUUUCAAGAUGAUAAAAAUUUGUAUCUAAUAAUGGACUACUAUGUUGGCGGUGAUUUGCUUACACUUCUUUCAAAAUUUGAAGAUGAACAUGGACACGUGCCUGAACACAUGGCCAAGUUUUAUGUUGCUGAAAUGGUUUUGGCUAUUGACUCAAUUCAUAAACUUGGAUAUGUUCACAGAGAUAUCAAGCCCGACAAUGUACUUUUGGAUAUUAAUGGACAUAUAAAGCUCGGUGAUUUUGGAAGUUGUUUACGACGACAGAGUGAUGGUACUGUUUGCGCCACUACAGCAGUUGGUACUCCUGAUUACAUUUCUCCAGAGACUCUUAGGGCAGUUGAGGAUGGAAGAGGUCGCUAUGGAGCUGAAUGUGACUGGUGGUCUUUGGGGAUUUGUAUGUUUGAGAUGAUUUAUGGUGAAACACCUUUUUAUGCUGAAAGCCUGGUUGAUACAUAUGGAAAAAUAAUGAACCACGAAGAGAUGUUUGAAUUCCCAGAAGAUGUUGAAAUUAGUGACGACGCCAAGGAUUUAAUUUCUCGCCUGAUUUGUUCUCGAGAUAAACGUCUGGGAGCUAAUGGGCUUGAAGAUUUUCGUUCUCAUCCUUUCUUUUUUGAUAUUGACUGGGAAAAUAUUCGAUCAAUGAACGCUCCUUACAAACCAGAAGUUUCUAGUCCAACAGACACAUCAAAUUUUGAUCCUAGUGUAAUUUCUAGUGAUUUUACUCCAUGUGAAACUCAACCACCUAAAGUAACGGCUCCUUUUAGUGGACUUCAUUUGCCCUUUAUAGGUUUUACUUAUACGAGUGAAAGUGUAUUCUCUGAUCGUCUACAUUUGCUCGAUUCAAUUCAAUCAUUGUUGCACUCAUUUUCUGGCGUCACAAGUACACAAUUUUUAUCUACAAUACAAACGAAUAAACAAACUGAAGAUGAGAAACAAGACGAUGAUGAUAGAGAGCCGCCUCCGAGAGAACCGCAACCUCCCGAAUUCUCUUUGCCUACUCAACAAGAUCAUAUUGUUGCACAACUAAAAGAUGAAAAUCAGAUUCUAAGAAGAAUGUUAGAAGAUGAAAAGAAUCAAAGGCCGGUAAAACAUGUAGGGAUUGAAGAACUUGAGAAAAAGUGUCGAGAUUCCAAAGAGAAAAAUCGGCAGCUUAUUUUGGACAAACAAGAUUUACAAAAAGAGUUGGAAGAAAUUAGUGAAAGGUUUAACACACAAUCAAGAGAAUGGAAGAAUGCGAUAAAACAGCGCGAUGUUGCUUUGCAUGAUUUUGAAGAAACCAAUUCAGAACUCGUUGAAACUAAGGCAAUUUUAGCAUCUUGUGAACAAAAUUUCAAAGAAAAAGAUGCAUUAUCCCGACAAUUGCAAGAAAAGUGUGACAUCUACAAAAGUGAACUCCGUUCAGCGCUAGCUUCUCGUGCAGAAGCGGAUGCAAAAUUAGCACUUUUAACAAAAGAAUUGGCAAAUGAACGUUCAGCAAAAAACGUUAAUGAAUCAAAUUCGACUGAAGAAAAUAAAGAAGUUUGUCAAAACGAAGAAGACAAUUGUGUUAAAUCAGAUAAGCGUUACGAGGAUGAAUUGCUGGAAACCUGCAAAGAAAAACAAUUACUUGAAUUGGAAGAAAAUCAAACAAAUGACGCAAUUGGGCAUUUCAAAGAACAAAUUGAAGAUUUACAACGAUCACUGAAUGAACAAAAACUGGCAGAACAAAAAUUGCGAGCUGAACAUGAAGAAGACAAGGUAUCCUGGAAUAGACAACAUCAAGAACAUUUAUUUAGUGUAGAGAAAUUGUUCUCGACGCGUGUAAAAGCUUUGGAAGCUGAAUUGAAAGACUUAAGGAUAGAGAAUGAACAAAUGCGUGGAGUCAAUAACAGGCUUGAACAAGAACUGCUCUGUCAACAACGGAUGGGUAUUCAAAUUCAGGAAAUUAUCCAGUUUGUUGCUGAUGGAAAGGAGCGACAAGAAUUGUUACAAGAUGUAACUUCACGCCUAGCUGGAGAAUUGGAAAGUUUCAAAAGAGGACUUUCAAUUCAAGCACCUCCAAAUAAUGUAGUGAGAGAGCAACAACAAUCAAAUGGGAGCUAUGCAAAUACACCAACCUCCAUUAUAGAAAGGACAUGGGGCUCACGUCGAAUGAAUAAACAAGCUAAAUAUGGACGUUUUGAAGCGCAACAACAUUUGGAAGCAGAAAUUCGCGCAAAACAAAGAGCACAAGAAGAAUUAAGGCAAGCAAGAACUCGGUGUGAUGAAUUGGAAAGGCAAUUAGAUGUAAUGAGAAGAAAACUAGAAAAGCAAAGGGACGAAUAUGAACGAGUUAUGGAUGAGAAUACUACAUUGAAGCAGCAGCACUGGGCAAUGCGUCAUUGGCCUCAAAGGGUAGAAGCAUUAUCACAAGGUCCUACAAUUGGUGAAAUGGUUGAACAAGGAGCAUUUCAACAACAUCAUUUUAAUGCUGGAGUCUUUAACAACAGUUUAUCAGGUGUUUCAUCAGCUGUUUCUAUUCCAUCAACAAUCCCAUCAAACACACGUUCUUGUCUGGUUGAUGAAUCUGAUGGUCAAUUAGUUCAAUCUAAAAUUCCAACGAUUGGUGGUGGCCAUCACCAGCAAUAUCCUUUCCACCCACAAUUUUAUGAAAAUGCUCGUUUUUACACUUCAUAUCGGCAAGACGAUUCUCUUUCAUCCUUUGGUUCACCAACAUCAUCAAUUCUUCGUACGGCGGCUAGUCCUAAAGUCAUUCAGUCAUUAAACAACGCAUUUAACGACAAAGGACAUCAUUUUAUCCAUGCCAGUCUUCGAACCCCAACAAAAUGUAUUUCUUGUACAUCCGUAUUGAUUGGAGCCGAUCGACAAGGGAUGUUCUGUCAGGAUUGUCAUAUUGCCUGUCACAUCAGUUGCCUUGCCAAGGUGCCUAAUGACUGCCCAAUCCCGUUGGAGAUGCGGCGAAGUGAUGGAAUCGAUAUGGUGCGCGGUACGGGCACAGCUUAUCAAGGAGCAGUAAAGACGCCAAAAUGUGGAGGAGUAAAACGAGGCUGGCAAAAAACGUAUGUCUUUGUCUGUGACUUUAAAUUAUACUUGUAUGAUUGCCAAACUGAUAAGAACGGGAAAGUGAUAGCUAUUGAACCUCAAAUUAGACAGAUAUUAGACAUGAAAGAUCCAGACUUUAAAGUAUCUUCUGCCACCGAAAAUGAUGCGAUACAUGCUUCAAAAUCAGACCUUCCAAAAAUCUUCAAAAUUAUUUUCUCCCAAAUUCACGAUUUUCACUCUUGCACAGCUGUCUUUGAGCCUGAAAGUUUAAACAACAAAUCAGCCACAAUACGAUCCCAUGGCUCCACGGGUUCUGGUGGUUCAGCUGCAGCAUCUGCUACUUUUGAGCAAAGUCAGCAUCAAAAGGAAUGUGCACUAAUUGCACAACAAUAUUCAUUAUUAAUGGCUGAAAGCAAGGAGGAAGCAGAAAAAUGGGUCGUAGCGUUGAAUGAGCUUCGCGAUCUAUUUUGCCGUUCAGGUUUUCUUCGUAAAGAUGCUUUUGUUGUGCGCGAACUCUACGAUCUAUCCGCGUUCCCUCCUCAACUACGAAAUGUUAAAUGUGCUGCAGUUAUUGAUCAAGGACGUUUUGUGGUUGGAUUGGCUGAUCAGGGUCUUUUAAGUGUUGAAUUAGACCGCGAAGUUCUAAUACCGGUAGGAGGUGAAUCUGAGAACAAGAAAAAAAAUGUAGAGCAAGUUGAAUAUGAUGCAGAAGAACACUUGUUAAUUGUACUGGUCGGUGCAGGAAAGGAACGACACGUUCGCCUUAUCCCUACAGCCGCGCUAGAUGGUCGUGAUCUUAAAUGGAUAAAAGUUCAAGAAACACGGGGUUGUCAUCUUCUUUGUUGGGGAACAGGCCAUCCAUCACGUUUAUCAUCACAUGGUACAAAUACUACAGGAACACUUCAACAUUAUUUUGCUACUGCUUUAAAUAAAAGUGUACUUGUUUUUCAAAUUAAUCGGUCGGAGAAGAGACAUUCAGCAAUGAGAGAAAGAGCUAUACCUGGACAACCACAAUGUUUGAGUAUCUCACAAGGACGAUUAUUUGUUGGAUAUCCUGGCAGCUUUCGAGUUUGGGAUCUUUUGGACAAUAGUCAAAUUUCGCUAGUCAAUUUGGAAGAUGGUUCUUUACAGUUUUUGAAUCAAACGUUGUAUGAUGCUGAAAUGAUAAUUUCUGUUUGGCCUCAACGUGAUUCUGAUAAUAAUGAUAAAUCUACUGAUAUUACUAAACAUGGCGAAGUGCAACUGUCAAGUCAAGGGCGCCCAAAGGAGUAUUUGCUCGUCUUUCAGAAGCUUGGCCUUUAUGUUGAUACAAAUGGUCGACGAUCUCGCUCUCAGGAAUUAAUGUUUCCAUGUCGUGGUACUGGGCAAUCUAGCUUUGCUUAUCGAUCUUCUCAUUUGCUCCAUUUUUCUGAACAUCAAAUUUGUGUUUUUAAAGUACAAACUGCUGAAUGGGUUCAAACUAUAAAUUUGCGUUUAUCUCGACCUCUUCAUUCAAAUGGCUUAUUCGUUUUAUGCCAAAUAUUAGAUUUGCCACAUUUGGUAAUGUUGGGUGCAAAUCAGCCUGGGUCAACAGAAAAAUUAUUUUUGUCAUUUUCUGAGAAUAGGAAAGCAACAGUCUCUACGCGAAAGCGAAAAUUUGUUGUUCGAUCAGCAAAGGACGAUGCAAGAAGUCGUGGUGAUCGUCGAAGUCAAUUACCUAUUAGUGGUCCUUCUGAUUUUGUGCAUGUUGUCCAUAUGGGACCUGGACAUGUGUCAGAUCUGAAAGAUGUGAUCGACCUCAAUGCCUCUAAUUCACCUGAAGGUUCGCCUGGAGGAAGUAAUGGCAAUACAGCUGAGAAGAAUCUUCGCCAACAAUAUGGGCAACAACAUCCAUUAAUGCGUUCUACGUCUACGUCAUCCGGAAGUACUCAGGGACAAUCUACAUCUACUAUAUCUUGGAUGCCAAAUAUUGCUGGAGUGAUUCCUUCAAAUAGACCUUUGAGUGCACAUAGUCGAAACUCUGAAGGCAAUUUCGAUCUUUUUUUCUAUUUUAAAUUUAAUUUUCAGCUUCUUCGCUUGGCAAGGCAACUGGGAAAUUUAGUCAGCAACAAUUACUUAAAUACCAACAACAACAAUCUCAAGAGCUCGAGAAUGAUGAUUAUUAUUUGGAACCAAUCUCAAAAAAAGGACAACAACAGCCAUCAAUUGUCAUUGCCUCACCUUCUGCUCAUCCUCCAGCUCCACCUUCAUUUCCACAGCCAAAAAUACCCGAUGAAAAAUGAUUUUAAAUUGCAGUUUCCUUUUUGUGAUGCAAGAGAGAACCUUCUGCAAGUUUCAUUAUUUUAUUAGAAUUCGGAAUGUUAUACGUUAAAAAUUAAAGCAUUGUAGGAUCUUGAUUUUUAAAUUUUGUCCAUAGUAAUUUUAAGACUUCUUUUAUUUUUAGAAUUUAUUUUUAAAUAUCCGUUUUUAAACUCUUCCCUGAAACUCCACUUCCGUACCGUAUUGUACAAUAUCCUAAAAUCUUUUUUACUUCA